GCAUAUAGGUAACAACACUUCCUCUUCUCCAUCUUCUUUUCUCCUCUCUCUACGCCAAUCAUACCAGGUGGGAAUUUCAUAGGAGGAUCUGAUGUACCCGCUGGUGGAUCUCAACUAUAUUGAAGAUCAUGAUGGCUCUUGAAAAUAGAGAAACUAUGCAAAAAAACUGUGAGGCAUCUCUGAAAUGCCUCCAGGGCAAGGGAUUCCCUUGCAAUUUGCAGUAUAAUGGGAGUUCUAUAGAAGGCUUUACAGAGCUUAAGAACAUCCCAAGUUUUCACCCAGUUGGGGAUGUUGCUGAAGCUGACCACCCAAUAGGCAAUGAAUUUCUCGAGCCAUCCAAAGGAUUUCACCCUAAACCUUCUUAUAACCAUAAUUACAGUAACUGGUCAGCCUGUCAUUUUAAUCCUCACAAGGUGCCCCAGUCCCAAUGGAAUGCUCAUGGUAGCCAUUUGCACCCUUAUCCUGUUGUGAACCAGUUUCAGUAUGUCCCAAUCAAUAUGUUUGCUCAAGGUCACCCUCAUGACUUCCAACAUCAAGAAUUUCAGUAUUUUGUGGUCAUAGACUUUGAGGCUACUUGUGACAAGGAUAAAAAUCCCCACCCUCAAGAAAUCAUUGAGUUUCCAUCUGUUAUUGUGAGUAGUGUGACUGGCCAGCUGGAAGCAUGUUUCCAGACAUAUGUAAGGCCUACCUGCAAUCAGCUUUUGAGUGAUUUCUGCAAGGACCUGACUGGUAUCCAGCAAAUUCAGGUGGACAGAGGAGUUACACUGGGUGAAGCUCUCCUUAGGCAUGAUAAAUGGCUUGAGAAAAAGGGAAUAAAAAACGCCAACUUUGCUGUUGUUACAUGGUCUAACUGGGACUGUCGGGUGAUGCUGGAAUCUGAGUGCCGUUUUAAGAAAAUACGGAAGCCUCCUUAUUUCAACCGCUGGAUCAACUUAAAGAUUCCUUUCCGCGAAGUAUUUGGUGCUGCAAGGUGCAAUUUAAAGGAGGCUGUUGAGAUGGCAGGCUUGGCUUGGCAGGGCCGUGCUCACUGUGGCUUGGAUGAUGCCAAAAACACUGCACGCCUGCUGGCACUCCUUAUGCGUAGGGGUUUUAGAUUUUCAAUCACAAAUUCCAUUAUGUGGCAGACUGCUGAUCGAUCACUAACGUGGGGGAAUUCACCAGAGCACAUGAGUGUUUUCCCUCAUCAUCCCUACAAAGUAAAGGAUAUAAAUACCCCUAUGUUUCAGUAUUACCCUUCCUGUUUCUGUGGGGUGAAAAGCGGUAGGGGAAUGGUGCGGAAGCCAGGUCCCAAGCAAGGAAGCCUUUUCUUUGGCUGUGGAAAUUGGACUGCAGCUAGAGGCCCCCGCUGCCAUUACUUUGAAUGGGCUUCUCCUUAACCAAAGGCACCGAUCAUGAUCGAUUCUGAGGUGUUUUUAUAUAUUUCAUGUAAAAAAGAAAAAAGACAAAAAUGAAAGCGGAUGGUGAAAAGUAGCGAGUGGGUUGGAUUGUCUCCUAGUGGAAGUCUGUUUGCCUGGGUGUGUGUUGUGAGCCUUCUGCAUCAUGAAGAACAGACAACAAUCUUUACCUCAAUUGUUCCGUGUUGUGUCUGGCAAGCAUCCAAGUACUCUUCCUUAAAACAAAGAGGGAGCUUCGACCUGUAAAGCUGACUUGUUGACUGGAGAAAAAAUUGGGAAUAUAAGGAAUGGGUAGUUUAGGGUGAUGAUGCUUUUACAUGCUCACACUGAGGCAUGUUAAAUUAUCUUCUUUAAUAAUCCAUGGGAUAUGACAGUUUCCUUGCUUAAUUGGGAUUUGGGAAUUACUGUAUCCGCUUGUGGCUGGUUUGCUGCAUUUCUUUGUUGAUAACAAUUUAACGUGGAGCUUGACUGCUCAACAGUCAUAAGGGUUGAGGUCACCUAAUUUUACUUUGCAUUAA